CCGGCAACAAAAUAGACGGCAACGUCGCCCGGCAGGCCUCUAGCCAAAAGCCGGCCCGGGCUUGCCUCGUAGGCCAGCAGGAGCCAGUUCAGUUACGUAUCUAACUUCGUCGCCGGGCGUCUUCUGGCGUAGAAAAUCGCCGCCGACUCGAUCCUAUCGAUAUUUCGAGCCCUUCCGGUACGAUCGGAUUGAAAUUUUCAAAGAAACUCGGUCUGAUUUUUAUAGGUUUUGAAAGUCGAGUCGUUUGAAGGCGGCUCGACGGACCAUAUUAGUGCGUAUUUUAUUUAGCGGAUAUUUACUAUUUAGAUGGAUCUAUAAAUUUACUAUUGGCUUAGAUGGUACCCAGUGUUCUAGUUAAGUGUACAAAAAUGGAUAAUAAUUGAACAAUGUGACUGUUUAUUUUUUUGUUUGUGAUGCAGUGGUAACGCUACAUUUAAAGGAUAACCAUCAGGAAUUUAAUCGCAGAUACGGCCACAGAGCAACGAAAAAACAAUGAGAGGGGCAUAAAAGUACUGCGCAGCUCUGGUACGGUAGCCGGGCGCAGUGGCGUGCUGCGGGGAUGGCGCUGGCGGCCGGCAGGUGACUGGCGGUGCAGCGGCCGGACGCAGACGUCACAGUGGCGCACCGGCCGCGCACCGUCGUUGCGGUCUGUGCUGGACGCUGGUGACGCGCGCGCUGCGUCGCGCAGUUUGCGGCGCCGGGAGCCGGCGAUCGUCCAGCGAUUCGUAUCAGGAGUUGCAGCCUGCGCAGCAUCCCGAAGAAGAACAAGUGCCAGCUGGAGAAAAUGGCAUAUCGAUCGAUUUCGACGCUGGAAACGUUACCUAUAUUCCCAUCAAUGUUCCAGCAGAGGUCUCGCCGCGUCAGCGCUCCUUUUCCAAAGAAGACUGGAUCCUGCUGGAAACUAUGGGUACCCUACCGUUGCCCCAUAGUUCCGGCAAAUUCCUGACGAUGCACAAGCGCAGGCGCAAACGACUUACGACACGCAACCUCUUCCAAGACCACGCUAUACUUGAUGACAUUCAUCACGGACUGGUUCAGCGAAUUUUGGACCGAUGCAGCGCGUGGGCGUUCAACGCUUUCACUCUGGAAACUGUAGCCGGUGGCCGAUCACUGCCCGUACUUUGCGUACACUUAUUCCACUGGUACGGUUUACUAGAACAUUUUCAGCUAGAUGUGGUACGCGUCUGGAAAUUAUUCACUCUUAUAGAGGAAGGGUACCACAGUACGAACCCUUAUCACAAUUCGAUUCACGCGACUGAUGUAACUCAAGCAAUGCACUGUUUCCUGCAGGAGGAAAAGAUCAGGCGACACAUGACUCCGCUCGAAAUAAUGGCGUCACUCAUCGGUGCUGUCGCUCACGAUCUGGACCAUCCUGGAGUCAAUCAACAUUUUCUCAUCACCACUUCGAAUCAUUUGGCUAUUUUAUAUCAGAACAUGUCAGUAUUGGAAAAUCACCAUUGGCGAUCGGCCGUCGGUUGUCUAUUGGAAAGCGGCGUCGCAGAACAAUUGUCGCCUUACAGAAAUGAACUCGAACAACAAAUAAGGGACCUAAUUCUGGCCACCGACAUCAACAGACAACAAGAAUUUCUAAACAAAUUCAGAAAACACAUAGACGAUAACACGUUGGACUUAAGACUACCCGAAAACCGUCAAUUUAUAUUGCAAAUCGCCCUCAAGUGUGCGGACAUUUCAAAUCCUACAAGACCUUGGGACAUAUCGCACAAAUGGUCAUUGAAAGUAUGCGACGAAUUUUUCCGGCAAGGCGAAUUCGAACGCGAACUGGGCCUGCCUGUAACAUCGAUUUGCGACCAACAAUCAACUUCUAUUGCGAAAAUACAAGUCGGUUUCUUUCGUUUUGUCGUAACACCGUUAUUUUCGGAAUGGCAUCGGUUUCUGCGCAGCACAUUGUCGACGCACAUGAUCGAAACGCUCAACUCGAACCGCAGGCGGUGGGAGGAGCAAGAACGCGCCGAACAAGCCGAAGAAACGCAAACUGAACUCAGCGACGCAGAACCGGAAAUCAGCGAAGACGAAGAACCAACGAAACGAUCGUCAGAGGCUAGUACUAGUUUGCACGAUUUCAUUCCACCGCCUCCUCCUUCGACGAUUACGGCACGAAGACAAUCCUUGGCAGUACCGACGCUGGAAUCUUUAGGGGUACGACGGCAUUCGGUUCCAGUUCACAUGGAAAUACCUCCUGGAUCUCCGCAACGACAUCAACCGGUACUUCCCAGAACGAUUUAUAGAAGAGAAAGCUUGCCAGCUUCAGCUACCAUUAGGAUUUCACAAGGUAGAUCACCUGUAUCGCCUCAAACUGAAUCCAGAGCUUCCAGCGGACUAAGAGAAGAAGACGAAUUGUUACAUUACGGAUCUCAAUCUUCAGUUGUAAGCAGUGGAAGUCCAUAUCAUUCAUCAGAAGAACAUCCAGAUCGUCCUUUGAGUGCAGAAAACCUCUUGCCAGAACCAUCAAUAGCCUCGAUGAGUAGUAGCGCGGCCAUUCGUCAUUUGACUUCGGUACUGCAUGGUGCAACAGACAGAGCCUCUGGACCGUCAAAAUGUCUCACCAGGCAGCAAACGUUUCCGCCACCUCAGCCGUUCAUGCGGGUGAGAUACAUGAGCGCUACUGUGGAAAUGAGUACUUGUCCCGAGGGCGAUACUUCGUCGCAAAGUUCGCACGAGAAUUUGUCGCAACAUCAGCCCGCUAGCUAUACUAUACCGGCGAUAGCUGUGUUGAGUCCGAAUAAUAGUCGGCCGCCUGAUUUGCUUUUGCCUGGUGAAUCCAAAAGUUUUAGCAAUAACAACAAAAGGGAAACUGAUAUAACGGGAAGUGAGAAGGACAAGGAGAAACGAGUCAAGUUGUCGGAAAGUAGCGGGUCGUUUUGCGAAAAGGAAAACAUGGAUCCAAGGAAAUUACAAACAGCUCAAAGUACACCAAGAAGAGGAUCCGCACCAGUAUCCUUGCCCUUAUCCAAGCCGGAAUCCUCUGCAGGCGGAGGAUUCAGCGCUUCCGAGGUGCAGGCGUUGCGCAGAGGCUCGGUACCAAUCGAAUUGGUACACCAUUUCAGAAGUUUCGAUGAAGACAACGGAAACGAACAACCGUCAUCGGGUCACAUACGCAACAUCACUCCAGUGGAAACGAACCGGACAUUUUGGCUCUACCAAAGACGCGGUUCCGCUCCGGUCGAUCUACCGCCGAGCGGAAAUCGCUACGAGUUUACUCGUCAUACUAGUCUAAACGGCAAGGCAAGCAGAGGUCGUAGCAAUAAGAAACAGUUGCGCAGGCGCAGCAGUGGCGGACCGGAAACGGUGACCGGCGAGGGCGGGGCUUCGGACGUGCUGGCACGGUUCUGCGCACAAGCCCAACUGCACCGACGCCCCUCGGAGAGUCCCGAUGCGCUGCUGGCUCGGCGCCGCGGCUCUUUGCCGCUCGAAGUACUCGCCGUCGGUCACUCAGGAAAUAGGCCACAUCCUAUAGGAAAUAGUUGUUUGUUAAAAAACGGAGGUGAAUAUUUUGGGGCUGAAAUGUGUAAGGCCUAA